AUGACGGGGAAUAUAACGUCAUGGAACUACCCUUUACAUGCAUUGGAGAUUUGGGUAUUAGUGCUAUACCACCUGUACAUUUUGAUAAUCAAUUCAACAUUGGCUUCGAACCAUGCGGGUUUAUUUGUCACCUUAUAUUGGAAAAAGAGAAAUACUUUACAGCGAUCGAAGCAACAUAUGGUGUCUUUUGUCACUUAAUAUUGGAAAUGAAGGAAGACAUCUUUGAAGGAACUAGAGCAACAUAUGGUAUCUUUCGUGACUUAAUAUUGGAAGGGAAGGAAGAAAUGUUUGACGGCAUAGAAACAAUCUAUGGUGUCUUUCGCUACUUAAUAUUGGAAAGGAAGGGAGCUAUUUUUGAAGGAACCAGAGCAACAUAUGGUCUCUUUCGUGACUUAGUAUUGGAAAGGAAGAGAGAAUUUUUUAAAGUGAAAUAUAUUGGUGGUACAGCUCUAUGCCUUUCCAUGUGUGCCGUUGUGUGGUUGAAAUGGACAAGAAGGAAGGUUCUUUGCUUGGAAGCGUCUCCAAGUUGCAGUUCGUUGUUUGAGAACUUCUUUUACUCAGCCUGCCCUUGGUACAGAUAUGAAUUACAAUGGAUUCAGAAGCAUACAUCGGUGUCAUUCAGUCUUCCACUCUUAGUUGUUUUUCGGUCUACAGCAUCUUUAAAGGGGGAAGUUGAUGCAACGUUGGAAAACGUCACACAUACGAACAAUAUCAUGUUGAUAGCGAUGCAUAACUGUGAACCGACCCUGAGACCAACCAAACAACUACGCAGCUGCGAAGACAAAAGAGUGAUCUCUUUUACAGAUAUUUUGACAUGGAAUGAUUUCAUCAAUGACUGUCCAACCAACGAAAAGGCGAAAAAUGACAUCAGAUUGUAUUUAGGACAAAAUGAUUGAAAUUCAGAGUAAUGGCGUCACAGUACAUUAUUUCCGAAAUAUUUUGAUUCUUCGUAACAUCAUGUUAUCCAGUUGAUCACCGGUAGUUUGUGAUUCACACAACUGCUUGUAUCGGGGUCAGUUCUUGUAAAUAUGAUUGACUGUCUAUUGAUCCUCGCCUGUUUUGCGAUAAAUGAAACAUGUUUCUGUUAGAACUCAUCAAGGUGUGCAAACGAAAUCUGAAAGUUGGGCGCUCUUAUGGUGUCAGGCAAUACCGCUAAGCUUCUACACCUGGGGAAUAUUUUACAUACACAAUGCAUACACAAUGCACUAAUGUUUUGAGCUCGUGCAACAUCUAUCGCCACGUAUGACUGGUUACAAAUCUAAAAAUAGGAGCAUCAAUUAUCAUAAAGCAAUUUUACCAGCGAUGCAUAGGCAAAAACGGUGGAAAAGAUGUUUGAUUAGUAUUAACGACAACAAUAAACAAAUACGAAUACGAAUAUUGCUGUUGUAAUUUUUCAUUUCCAUUGAUGUUGAUGUAUUUUAUGUCAUUACACUUUAAAAUUUUCCAUUCUUGUGAGCCAUUCUCUGUAAGCAUCAUAACAUGUGGACAACGACUGACACGGAUUUUGACGAAAUUUUACACAAAGAAUAUAUACUUCAGUCCUUUAAACAUGACACCUUUAAAAGUGGGCGUUGACUCGUGUUUCCAUGGCAACAAGACAUCCAAUUUUUUGCAAAGACAUGAGCCUCAGUAAAUAUUGAAUUUUCCUUUAUAAAAAUGUGUAUAUUCAUUUUUCAUUUAAUUCCCAUUGCUAUUUAAUUAAGUUAUGCUAUGUGUAAUUUUUGAA